AUGCCACCUCUUCCCCCCAAAAGGCACGGCCUCUUGGUCAGCAAGCCGGGCGAGCUGCAGCCGUCACCCCUGGCGAUGCCGCAGCUCUCGCCGGGCCAAGUGCUGGUCAAGACCUCGUGCGUCGCCCUGAACCCCUCCGACGCCAAGAUGGUGGCCGCCGGCCUCCCCCGCGGCUCGCUGGCCGGUCUGGACUUUUCCGGAACCGUCGUGGCCGUGGCGCCCGGCGAGGUCUCGGGGUCCACGCCCGUCGGCGCCCGCGUCUGCGGCCUGGCCUGCGGCUACAGCGAGGAAGAAGGCGCCGCGGGGGCCUUUGCCGACUACGUCGUGGCCGAGGCCGAGUUCCUGCUGCGCGUCCCGGACUCCAUGUCUCUGGAGCAGGCCGCCACACUGCCGGUGGGCGUGUUGACGGCCGGCAUGGUCUUGUUCAACACGCUGAGGCUGAGGGAGAAGAAGCCAGAGGAGGAUCGGCAUGUGCUCGUUUACGGCGGCAGCACGGCGUCUGGGAUAUUCAUCAUCCAGGUUUUGAGGCACUUCAACUUCAAACCCAUCGCCAUCUGUUCGCCACACAACUUUGACAAGGUCAGGGCAGCCGGCGCAGUGGCGGUACAUGACUACCGCUCCGAAGACUGCGUCGUCGCCGUCCGCGCAUCCACCGGCGGGCGCCUGGGCACCGCGGUGGACUGCAUCACCAGCGCCGACUCGAUGCGCCUGUGCUACGAGGCGCUGCGCAACCUCGGCGCCGACGAUCAGCUGAAUCACGCCCGCUACGUCUCGCUCGACAGCUUCCCCAUCUCUGGCCACUCGCGCAGGGCGGUGCGGCCGGCGUGGGUCUUUGCCAUGACCGCCUUUGGCAGGGCGCUCGACUGGGGUGCGCCCUACAAGACCGCGGCGCGACGCGGCGACCGAGACUUUGCCGUCGCCUGGAUGAGGGAGGUCGAUGGGCUGGUGGGUCGGGGCAGCAUUCGGCCCCUCCAGGUCCGAGUCGUCGAUGGACCCUUGGAGACUGCUGUGGCCGACGGUCUAGACUUGCUGCGCCGCCCGGGGGCUGUAUCAGGGGAGAAGUUGGUUUGCAGGAUUGGCCGUGCUUGA